ACGAAGCACAGACACGUGAGGCUGCGACCGAAACAGUGGGCACCCGAACGGUGAUACAGAGAGAGAUAGAAGAGAAGGGAGAGAGGGAGAGAGGGGUCGACAAGCAUGAAGAUUUUUGCGGUCGCGGGCGCCAUGGCGGUGCUCUUCUGCCAGCUGGCGAGCGGGUUCAUGAUUGCGCCGUCAGCCUUCGCCGGCUCAAGCGUGGUUUCCAAGUCGAGCGCAACAUCGCCAACAUCGAGCCUGCAGAUGCGAGCGCGCAACUGCGACCUCUUGGGCAAGAAGCCCAACCGCAAGGCCCGCGUCGUAACGUUCUCGCACAAGCGCAUCCACAAGGUGCAACACUUGAAUCUGCAGUGGCGCAAGAUGUACUGGGAGGAGGGCAAGCGAUUCGUCAGGCUUAGGCUGUCGACCAAGGCGAUCAAGACCAUCGACAAGUACGGUCUCAACAAGGCGGCGAAGAAGUUCAACCUCGACCUCGUCAAGUUCACCGCUUAAAAACAGGACUGAUCCAUUGAUUGAUACCUCGGUUAAUAUUUUGAAGACAGAAACACCGAAUCAGGGGUACUAAUGCCCCCAAGACUUGGCUUGGGUAACGGCUCAUGUUUUGCUUGGCCCGCGGUGGUUCGAUGUCGGGAGGGGCCUUAACGAGCGCGGGAAAGAACAACAUUGUAAACGGCGUGCUGUAGUGAGAUGGGUUCACUCCUCAAUAGUAGGCACCGAGUUUGCGUUGUUGUUUCGUUGAAGUUCGAGCAGUAUUGUGCUGUCUUGAGUUUGAGUUCGAGCAGCGUGCUUGCGAGGCAUGACACUCUGGUAGCUGGGGUACGUAUUGUACGUCGGGGUUCUUCGGUUCAGACCUGAUGGUCAGUUCCACUAAAUACAUAGCAGGCCGGGGGCAGCCUCGGCCAGACUUUGGAGCCCCAGAUGUUUUUCUUCAUGAGAAAUGAAAGCUCCACUAAGAAGACACAGGCACGUCCGCAAAAACACGAGCAACGAGUUUAUUUCCAUUGUAGGACUUCGCGUUCCGUUGCUUAUUAGAGAAGCAUUCGCGGGCGAGGGGGGGGGCAGGAUCGGGAACACAUUUAUGCCCCGUGCGUCACCCCGGUGUUUUAAUGCUAUACCCGUGGCCGUUACAAGUGUCUCGCAUCGUCGCUUGGACUUGGUGGAACACACAUAUCCUGCGGUCGUAGCUCCCUUGACUAAAAUGUAUUUGAUCGCAGAUUGCACGGCAGCAGAAAAACGAUCACUGCGUUGUGCGCGGUGCGGUUCAUGCUUUUGAUCAUCUGUGGGUUUCGCGGCUCCUUUCCACAAGUGACUUCACGGAGAACAAACCCUUCCUGCGAUGAGCUGGACAUCGGUUCUUGUGUGCAUGCCUUUCGGUCUUUCUUUUUGUGGUGCGUGCCUUGAUUCUUGUUGCGAAAUGGAUUCAGCCGGUCCUUUGCCUCGUCCAACGUCAAGUCGAGUUCACCAUACACACGAAGCUGUCGCUUUUCGCUUUUCACGUUUGUUUGGGUCUCAAACGUCAGAAGCUAGCUACUAGUUGUGACCACGUCACGCGCAAGGAAAAAAAUGUCCUAACAUCAUUCCGCCCGAAAUCGCACGUUCCGACCCAGCCUCUGGCUUCUUCCCUCAAAACAUCUCACAGAGAACCACAGCGUUCUGAAAAGUAUCACAACCAGACGCAAACACUUGCGCCACAAAGUUAUUCCGCCGACAAUCGCAUGGCCAACCUGAGCUCGUCAAGAUGUUUGAAGGUGACCAAUCAGAUCACCCGGCGACCGGCCGGCAACCUGUGAAUGAAAACGUUCCAUGAAAUCGGACGCGGACUCAGCAUAGCUGAAAGUGGAACAUGUUAGCCGAUGACAUCCGGGAAACAGCAUGAACUACUUCCUACAUACAACAAUUUCGAGUGAGGGUGUGCCUGCAACUUCAAAAAAGAGCUGUGCGCACUUGGUAAAGAGAACAUAAUCUGUGUGGAAGGGCAAAAGGUUCUUCCCAAGACAAGACAAGACAAGAAUAAAAAAAAAAUCAACUGUUUUUCCACGACACGGACGGCUGCUGACCCCGUGUCGACGGAAACAACGGUCAAUACGCUAUAAUAAACGCGCGCAAACCAGCACCUCACUGCCGCGACGUUUGUCCCAUUUAAUCGAUUGCACUACUUCCGUACCACAUCAUCAACAAGCAAACGGCAAGCCAGAUUCAUUACGAAAAGAAAGGCGGUCGUGUCUAAGACUUGACCGUUAACGGUUGGUUGGACGAGAGACACCUUCGCGGCGCGCCGGUCGGAUUAUUUGCCGACAGGUGGAAUUUCGAAACUUGGAGAGAAAAACUCAAACGUCUGCCUUAGUGGUGUUCAAAAAACGUGGGCAGACACGAACUAGCAAGACCUAUUGUCGUGCAAGAAUAGCAACUACAGAACACCGUUCUUGCGGCAAUCCACCGCUACCUUCAAGGAAAACAAGAACAGCGCCACCCAGUUCUUUGCACCAGAAAUAUAUCAACACACCAACAAUCAAGCGACCCUCGCGCAACAGUGAUGCACCAAUAAUGUACGACCGCGUUGCGUAAAAACUCACGCGGGUGCUCAUGCAGCCCCAAGGCGCCACCUACUGUAAUAUCUAACUCCUACAAGCGCACGAAACAAACAAAAAAAAGGCUCCGCGUUACCAUCACGUCAGCGGGUAGAAACAAACUCAAACAAACAUCCAAAACGAAGAAAAUAUAUUAAACCGAAACGCAACGAACAAUGCACACAUACACAGAGCCUACCUCCGUUCUACUUGAAACAACAAGCAAGAGCGGCGCGGCCCCGCCAACAACAAAGCGCCUCCCAUGAUUCAAGCAACGCCCACGGGGCGAGAGAUCACCGAAGAACCGCCGUGCGGCCCCAGAAGAGCAGACCUUCACCUCCUCCGGACAUGGCCGUACUGAUCCACGGCAACCUACGCCGCCGACACACCAAUCAAAAAUACCUCGUACCAUGCAUGUAACAGGCCAGAAAAUGACGUUCUUGCGCCGGAUCCAGUCGUGCGCAUACGUUAGCCGAUCGACCGCGUAACCGAUCGACCAAACAGCGAGCAGCACGCAACGGAUAUCUGGUAGAACCACCUGGAGUUCCCCCGCACCUCAAAACAGCAAAACAUCGUGUCACCGAAACACAGAAAUGACAUGUACGCUCCGGCGCCUGUUGUCAACUACUCUACACUCACCAUUGUUGAUACACGUGAAGGAAGGAAGCUACGCCUAAAGAAAAAAAAAAAACACAUCCCGAAGCGGCUUUUCGACGCGGCGGUAUCUAGUACGAAAAAAAAUAAUAGGUUGUCGUUUCCACGCCGUGGCGUCCACACCGUAUUGUACCUUCAGCAUGGACGAGAGAGCCUUGAGUUGGCCACACCGCCGCCGAACAACACCUUGACCACACAAAAAACAAUAAAUGCUAACCGUUCUAGCAACCACAAUCCACAAACCAGACUUCGCGCGGGCAUUUACACACAAACAACCACACACAUGAACGUUUUGCAGACCGAAAAAAGAACUCCGAUGUGUGAAAAAAAAGGGAACCAAUCGUCCUCGACAGACGUUCGGAGAUAUGGUGCCCCUACACAGGCCAUCUCUGAAUAUUCAAAGCAUCUACUACUGCAGCUGGCCAUCGUGCCUGCCGUCCUUGAAGGGCGACAUCCCCUCCUACUCCUCACCCCAGCCGGGCUGCGUGGGGCCAAACUUCCCGCUGUAGACCUUUGCGCUCCGCGGCCCCGAGGACACGCGGUACAUCUCCGCCGCCCAACCCCCGCCGUCGCCGCCGCCGCCCGCCGCCACCCGCUCAUCCCCGCGGCGGGAGCUCGACCGCGACCGGCUCCUGCCGCCCCAACUCCUGUCGCCCCGCGGGCUUCGGCUCGACACCCGGGAAUGGCUACGACUGCCGUUGCUCUUGGGGCUCCUGCUACCGCC